ACGCACUAGGGACGCGCCCGGUGGGGCAUGGCGUCCGAUCGAGGCGGGCGUCCACCGGCGGCCAGGGUUGAGUCCCGGGUCGGGGCCAGGGCAUUGCCGGCGCACCAGGGCCGAGGGCUGGGGGUGGCGGGGCUGCUCUCUGCCUCUCGCUCGCAGCAGCGGCGGCAGGCGCGGGCGAGGGCCACGGGGAGAGGAGACGCAGCCCCGCGGGUGGCACGCUUGGCCGGGCCCCGGCCCGCGCUCAACGGGCGCGAUGCUCUUCUCGCUCCGGGAGCUGGUGCAGUGGCUAGGCUUCGCCACCUUCGAGAUCUUCGUGCAUCUGCUGGCCCUGCUGGUGUUCUCUGUGCUGCUGGCACUGCGUGUGGAUGGCCUGGUCCCGGGCCUCUCCUGGUGGAACGUGUUCGUGCCUUUCUUCGCCGCUGACGGGCUCAGCACCUACUUCACCACCAUCGUGUCCGUGCGCCUCUUCCAGGAUGGAGAGAAGCGGCUGGCGGUGCUCCGCCUUUUCUGGGUCCUCACGGUCCUGAGUCUCAAGUUCGUCUUCGAGAUGCUGUUGUGCCAGAAGCUGGCGGAGCAGACUCGGGAGCUCUGGUUCGGCCUCAUUACGUCCCCGGUCUUCAUUCUCCUGCAGCUACUCAUGAUCCGCGCCUGUCGGGUCAACUAGCCUCACCGAGGUGCCGGAGAGGGAGCGCUGGACGGCUAGAAUGCUGACCUCAAGCCGAGGCCCUACUUGUGCCGCACCGGAGGAGAGGCUCUCUAGUCUAAAGGCAACUCCUGCUUGCGCCGAACUGAGUACCCGGUUUCCCUAUUUCAAUCCUGCCUGAAAUGGUUUCUUCAGCAGGGUUUAAAAGAGCAGCCUUCAUCCUGAAAAUGUAUUUCUUUUUAUUUAAUGCUUUGAGUAGAUAAUCCUGAAUUGAGGUCCUGAGGAGGCCCCCAGGCCAGACAGUCCUGAACUCCUCUGACACUUGGAAGCUGAAUAUAAGUAAAAUGUCCCGGUGGACUCUGAGUAUUUCCUGUGGAUCCUGGGAAAGUACUGUUGCACAAAGGCUGCAAAGCUGGACUCAGGAAUGUCCUCCAACCAGCAGCGCUGACCUGAGAGCUCCCUGUGCCGUCCAUCCAGACCAGACUUCGGUAGAUGCCUUUGUUAGAUCAAAUGUAAACCAGCUUGUAUCUCCCCUGUGCCACGAGAGAUUGGCUUUUUAUUCCAGUCUAGGCAGAGAGAGAAGAAUGUUGAAUAAGAGCACGAUUAGGGUCCUGUCUGGUUAUCUCUUGCCCACGAAAAGAGCUCUGCUGUCCAGGCACUGCUUGGUUUCCUAUCCCAGCGAAGACUGCAGUUCCGUGGACCUUUUCACCACCUUGUGGCUGGCACUCUUAGCACACCUGAGACAGAUUUAAGCCUCCCUGAGAGACUGAAGAGAGGAACAGGUGUCGGAUACUCAUAGGCACUGAGACCUACAAAUGGGAAACUUGUGAGUGGCCCAGCUUUGUUGGCCUAUGAACUUUGGUUUGAUGCCAGUCAGGUGCCAAAUGAGAACCUUUGCUGAGAUGCAAAUAAAAUGAAGAUCUCCUUCAAUGACAAAAGCCUGCAGACCACAUUUGAGUACCCCUCCGAGAGCUCCCUAGCACAGGAGGAAGAG